UUAGGAGUGCGGCCACCUCUCAAGCCUAAAACGAUAGGUCUCAAGGGCUCCAAAUCCUCCAUGAUAGACUGCAUCCGACAAUCCGACGCAAUCGGCUCGUCAUGAUCCGCCACCGCCACGACGUAGCCCGAACGUGGUUCAACUAGAUCAACUAGUGCGUGCUGUUCGAGUAGCGGUGAAGGCAAUCAUCAUAACCUCUCAAGAACCUUAGGCUAACCUGGACAAUCAUGUGGCAGCGAACCAAAGGCUGAACCCAACGGAAGAAGAUGAUGUCUCCACUAAGCGUUUGCCCAAACCCCCUUGCAAAGGGAACUUUGAGAAGUUGCCCAAUGACAUGCCUUCGCUGAUCACAAUCCCCCCAGGACUAGCUGCGGUUCUCUCUCCGAAAGAAGUCCAACGCCUCAUUGGGGAGAAGGUUGCAAAAGCCAUUCAAGCUACUGAGCGAAAGCAGCUAGGCCUUCCAUCUCUUAAUGAGAACCUUGAAUCCCCUAUAUCACAAGAUAUCCUUAACACCAAGAAUAGGCGCUUUUGAGAACCUCCAAUGUUUGAUAUUUCUUGGGACCCUCACUGGGAUUGCCUCCGACUGGCUUCACUUGCUGGCUCCUUGCUCCAUCACUAGUUUCAAGCAAUUGCAGGAGUUAUUCAUCCAGAGAUUCGCGGCAACUCGGCGAGUGAAACGUGAUUUGAAUGAGUUAUUCACCAUGGAGCAGAAAGAGGGAGAGACGCUUCGAGCAUGGUACAAGGACCUUUUCAAGGUCUUCACCAAGAUAGAGAGCUUGUCCCCUCGCAAAGCGAUGUCUGCCUUCCAAAGAGGUCUCAGGAAAAGGAGGCUCAAGAAGAGUCUUAUUGUCCGCAAGACUUUGCUGAUCUUGUAGUUCGUGUCCAGAAGUUCAUAACUCUGGAAGAAUCUCUCUCGAGUCAGAAUGAAGGUGUUGGAGAGUAGCGAAAGGACCAUCCCGAAAGUGACAGAAAGGUGAAGCGACGCCCACCUCCAUAGUUUGAAAUUGAGCGCCAAGGCCUAGCCACUCUACCAAAGGAUUUCAAGAAAGGAGACUUGGGUCGCGAGUCCGACAAGUACUGUCGCUACCAUAAACCUUCGGGACAUGACACACUGUCAGGCGUUGAAGAACGACAAAAAGAAGUUGAUUCAAGCGGGACACCUGUGAUCAUUUGUUCAGUGACAGGGUUGAAAGGGACGCUUGCGAAGCCCUCCUCGUUCUCGUACCCCUGAUCAGAGAGCAUUGUGAGAUGACACUCCGCGAAGAGUAAUUCAUUAGUGAACUUACUUCUUAUGCAUUAUUUGUUUCGCUUAUCUCUAGGCAUGUGAUGCCUUUUCAUUUGAUAGUUCUUUUACUUUGAGGAUUUGCUUGUACUUAGCAAUGCAU